AGCACCUGGUCAUGGUAUAUAAAGGGCCCAGAGCAGGAGCAAGACAUUCACACCUGAGAACACUCAAGUCCUCUCACCAGCUCAACCCAGCUCAGCCCCAGACACCAUGACCGGCUCCUGCUGUGGCUCCACCUCCACCUCCACCUCCCUGGGCUGUGGGGGAGGCUGCUUCCAGCCCUGCUGCUGCCGCGACCCCUGCUGCUGCCGCCCCGUGUCCUGCCAGACCACCGUGUGCCGCCCCGUGACCUGCGUGCCCCGCUGCACGCGCACCAUCUGCGAGCCCGGCCGCCGCCCAGUGUGCUGUGACCCGUGCAGCCUGCAGGAGGGCUGCUGUCGCCCCAUCACCUGCUGCUCCACGUCCUGCCAGUCUGUGGUCUGCCGCCCCUGCUGCUGGGCGACCACCUGCAGCCAGCCCAUCUCUGUGCAGUCCCCGUGCUGCCGCCCCUCCAGCUGCCAGCCCGCCCCCUGCCAGACCGUCUGCAGGACCUUCCCCAGCUGCUGAGCAGUGUACUGACUGCCAAGAGCAGGCAAUCAACCUUCUGAAAAAAUUCUACCUGCCUUUCUCUACCUAACACACCUCCUGCCCUGAGCCAUCAAGGCCCCAAAUCAACCAAGAGUUGAAUGGAGAUCCAGACUUAUCUAUUAAAGUUUGGGUUGUUCUCAAGUAACAGUAACAGCUUCCUACUUCCCUUCUUAGAUCUUAAGUCUUGCAGUAUGUUUGUUUUCUAAUAAACUCUUUUUUGGCCUAGCAAA